CACUCCAAUUUAUUGUAGCAAAAACUUGCAGUUAGCGGAACCAGUCGUAUGUGGUCACUUUGUGUAUGUGAAGGAUAUAAUGCAGAGUUUAGUGCAAUUAAGUAAAUGACCUUUGUGUAAAAACUUGUGUUAAACAGUGAGAUUUCUUGCAGGCUCCUUUACGCAAAUCCUUGAACCCCGUAGGCAGAAGAGUCGGAUGCUCCUCAUAUCAAGUUAGGCAUGUGAAGAUUCAGUCUAAAUACAUAAUCGACAGUCUACAGUCUAAGAACAUUGCAAAUAAAACUUUCCCAGAUAGAAAAGAAAUAAGUUAUGGCUGAGAAGCAGCAGGAUCAGAAAGAUGCGACAAGACCUGAAGCGACUGUUACAGGUCCAACACAUGCGGAGCAUGAUGCAGAACUAGAUGCAUUAUUAAAUAGUGCCUUAGAUGACUUCGAUAAACCCCUGCCUAGCAAACCAGCGGACGGUACGACUGAGAAAACAAUUAGUGGUGGCACAAACGACAACAGUGAGAUUGCGGAUGAUGACGAGCUUUUGGAUACAAAAUGGACAGAUGAGUUUAUCAAACAGGCAGCCAUUCAGUUUGAGCAGAACGUGCAGUCUCUUUUGACACAGAGUAGUGAUUCCUCAGAUACGCUAACACCCGAACAACUGGGGGCCAAUUUCCAGAAAAUUGCAGAAGCCACAGCGAAAGUAAUAACUGAUGAAGGUAGUAGUGAUGGUGAUGGGAGUGAAUUUGCAGCAGCAAUUUCACAAACUCUAAGAAAUCUCUCAGAAGGGACAGAAAAUCUGCAGUCUCUUUUCUCCGAAGAGAACAUUGCGAACAUGUUCAGUGGCCUUGGUGUAGGAGAGACAACAGAAGGAGGGGAUUUCCUCCCAUUCAUGCAACAGAUGAUGCAGUCGUUACUCUCAAAGGAUAUUCUUUAUCCAGCACUUAAGGAUAUUGUCGAUAAGUACCCUGCAUGGCUGGAAGAGAAUCGAUCAAAGCUCGAGCCUUCGGAGUUUGAAAGGUUCGGCAAGCAGAGAGAACUAAUGGAUCAGGUGUGUGUGGAACUGGAGAGGGAGUCUGAAUCAGACAGCCAGGAGGAGAAGAAGAGGAGAUUUGACACAAUCCUUGAUCUCAUGCAGAAAAUGCAAGAUUGUGGCCAGCCUCCGAAGGAUCUGGUGGGGGAUCUGGGAUCCGUGGUGACGUUCGAUGAACACGGCAACCCUUGCCUGCCCGGUCUUUCUCCAGGUGUGACUGACCCCUCCCAAUGCUCAGUCAUGUGACACAAUGUCUCAUUUGCCUUCUGUUUUUACUAGUGGCUGUGUUUGCCUAAUGGUAACUAGUUUAUGGGAUUUAUAUAGUUUAAGAGCACGUUUGCGAUGGCUUCCUAAAAGGUUGUAGGUGUGUUAUGUAAUGGAUGUUAUGCGUCUCUUUGUUACUUACUUUCUGAAACAAGAAAUAAAAUCAGGUUAUCUGAGAAACAAAAGAGCACGUACUUGCUGGAGAUAGGUCCAAGGGGAGAGGAAUGUACGAGAGUGACUUUUCCAGUGUAAGACAAGCAUUUGGAAAAUUUUUGAGAAUGAAGAACAAGAAUUUUCUCUAUUAGACGAAACUAGACAAAUUUUUCACUGUCAUCACGGUUUGUAACGCGAACUGUGUUUUCACAAUGUACAAAAUUGUAGCGCGUAUAUCCCUUUUGAUGUAGAUAAUUUUUCGAAAAUAUUCAUAAAUUGGUAUGUUUAAAAAUUUUUGCUUUUGGGGUCGAGUCGUUUUCAUCGUGUGGAAACGGCCGGUGCCGAUUUCAGGCGCCUUUUAGUUGUACCUGUGAAUGUCCACGCUGAUUUCCAUUUUCUUCAGUUACACGUCGGUUUUUGACCGUCAUAUUUUGAGUUGAUAUUCCAAGUUCUCUCACAAAUUAAUUGCACGCGUUCCCACAUAGUAUGUUGAGCUUUUUUCUAAGGAAAUUACUUUUCUAUUCUCUUUUGUGCCUUAUCAAACACGUACUCCAUUGCAUGUAGCAGGCUCAGGUAACUGAUAAAUCAUAAUGACAACAACAACAACAGUAAUUCAUUUCCUUUAAGAGUGUUUGCUAACAGCACGGAGCUUAUGGUAGGCAGACACUUUUAUACACACGCGCGCAUUAAAAUGGGGAUGAAAAAAGUAAUAUAAAUAAUUAAUGUAGGCAGUUUCCUGCUCGGAGAAAAGGUCCUCCGAGAAGACGAUGUUUUUGCCAAAAAUGUCCCAAGAGUCUGCUUAUGUUUUAAGCGUCGAUGGUGUGCGUAGUGGAGUGACUGUUUUUCCUCCAUGUUUUGCACGAAAAUAUGAAUCUGGAAAUAAAUUAUGAUGACGUAGCUUCAUUUAGCCAGGUUUCCAUAGUGAAUUAAAUUGUAAACUUGAAUAUUUUUAUCUCCCUCUUCUGUUCAUACUAAGAACAAAUCUUAUUCUGAUUUUCUUGAUUCAGGGAGCCGUUAGUCGUCUCCGUUCACUUGAACGCACCGGACCAGAUUAAAUUCCUAAUUUUGCCACAAGAGGUCUGAGGUACGUACUACGCCUUCACAUCACAUUUUAAAUCUCGGUUUAUUAACUGGGAGGUUUCCCUCUUGCGGUUAUUGUACGUAUUUAAGACGGGCAAGAUUGCUCUGGUUAUGGACCUUUCUUAAUUUUAACCUUUUUCUCCAAAAACGUUGAAAAUGUUGAAUACGAUCGCAUUUCUUUUAAUUUUAAAUCUUGAUUUGUUAAGUCGUAAUAUAUGGUAACUAAUUUAGUUACUUGUCUAAGUGAUACUGUGCCAGUUGUUUGUUCACAGGGAGAUUCUGUUUGUUUGAUCUUAGUCGGGCGUUCAAUAAAGUCCCUCGUUGCGUUGGAUAAGCUUUUGUUUUUGGA